CCUUAUCCAGUGCCAGCUCUGUGCGUGGCUCUGUUCAGAGCUGGGUGGGCUCGCACACAACCCACUGCCCUGCACGGGCAGCCCAGAGCUGCUGCUCCCCUGGGGCAGACAGGAGGACAGGCAGACAGGAGGACAGGGCAGCAUAGCGUGGGCUGGCAGCGUGGCAAUGGGCUGGCAGCCACUGCCCAAGGAAAUGCCUUUGGGGCAGCCCAUCCUCACUACCCGAACAGAGCUCUUCAGUGUUUUACCUUCACUAGCAAACGGUAAGGCCGGGAGGAGGGUCCCAACCUAGAAUUUACUUGCUGAAAAUACUGCAAGCAAACUCUCUGCAACAAAUCUGCCUCGCGUGGAAACUGCUGGAGCGACGUGUGAGGCUGCAACCGGCUAUCUUCGAGAGGGAUCGGCUUCAGACAGGGCAGGGUGGUGUAACCGUCACACUCCAUGUACAGCUGCUGUCUCGGAGGUGGGUGAGCUUCACAAUGCAUUAUUCUCUUGCUCUCAACGUGACUGUCAUCUGCGAUAGAGAAGUGAAGUCUGAGCCAGCGAGGCCCUGUGCUGCAGGGAGGCCUCAAGAUAGCAGCGAUGGCGGAAUUCAACAAUGUUCAUUCAGUGACUGAAAUGCCAGAAGAUGAUGCUAAACGCAGUUUCCAUAACAGAAUGUUCCUGGAGCCCCAAGAGAAGAAGAGGAGCAUGAAGGCUCUGGUGGUUAAGCAAGCAAAGAAAAGUUGCAGCUGCACUCCAGCCAAAGUUAAAGACUCUGUUUUCAGUUUCUUUCCUGUCUUGCAGUGGCUUCCUAAAUACAAACUGAGAGAGUACCUGCUAGGAGACAUUAUGUCUGGUGUGAUCGUGGGGGUCUUACUAGUCCCACAGUCAAUUGCCUAUUCUCUCUUAGCUGGACAGGAGCCUAUUUAUGGCCUUUAUACUUCCUUUUUCUCUAGCAUUAUUUAUUUCAUAUUUGGAACCUCCCGCCACAUCUCAGUUGGCAUCUUCGGUGUGAUAUGCCUGAUGGUGGGACAAGUGGUGGAUCGUGAGAUACAGAGAGCUGGCUACGACUUAGAGCCAGCUGCGCUGGGUGGCCUCACAGAUACAGCAGAGUACGUAAACACCACCAUUUUGCCCGUGAAUCAGACAUCGCAGGAGCUGCUCUGUGAUAAAAGCUGCUAUGCAAUUACAGUGGGAGCCACCAUAACCUUCAUAGCUGGAGUUUAUCAGGUGGCCAUGGGUUUCUUCCAAGUGGGCUUUGUCUCAGUGUACCUCUCCGAUUCAUUGCUGAGUGGAUUUGUCACAGGUGCCUCCUUUACCAUCCUGACCUCACAAGCCAAGUAUCUCCUGGGCCUAGACAUUCCACGGAGCAGUGGCAUCGGCUCCCUCAUAGCCACAUGGAUAAACAUCUUCAGAAACAUACACAAAACCAACAUCUGUGAUCUCAUCACCAGCUUCUUGUGCUUUCUUGUACUUAUCCCAACCAAAGAGCUUAAUGAACAUUUUAAAUCCAGGCUCAAGGCUCCAAUACCAGUUGAACUAGUCGUGAUUGUGGCAGCUACUCUGGCGUCUCACUUCGGGAAGCUUAGAGAGACUUAUGGCUCGAGCGUUGCUGGACACAUCCCAACUGGGUUUCUGCCACCCAGCCCUCCAGAUUGGAACCUGAUUCCUAAUGUGGCUUUGGAUGCUAUCCCCGUAGCUAUAAUUGGCUUUGCCAUUACUGUUUCCCUCUCGGAGAUGUUUGCCAAGAAGCAUGGUUACUCUGUGAAGGCCAACCAGGAAAUGUAUGCCAUCGGCUUCUGCAACAUCAUUCCCUCUUUCUUCCAUUGCUUCACAACAAGUGCAGCUCUUGCCAAGACUCUUGUCAAAGAGUCCACAGGCUGUAGGACACAAGUGUCUGGCAUGGUGACUAGUUUGGUAAUCCUAUUAGUCCUCCUUGUGAUUGCACCUUUAUUUUAUUCCCUUCAGAAAUGUGUCCUUGCUGUCAUAACCAUUGUAAACCUCAGAGGAGCCCUGCGGAAGUUCAAGGACCUGCCAAAAAUGUGGCAUUUGAGCAGAGUGGACACAGUGAUCUGGGUAGUUACUAUGGCAGCCUCAGCACUCAUCAGUACUGAGAUUGGUCUUUUGGUUGGUGUUUGCUUCUCGAUGCUCUGUGUCAUUUUCCGAACUCAGAGGCCGGAGGCACCGCUGCUUGGCUGGGUGGCAGAGUCUGAGACGUACGAAUCCCUGUCUGCUUACAAGAACUUGCAAACCAAACCAGGAAUUGUGGUGUUCCGUUUCGAAGCUCCCCUCUACUACAUCAACAAAGAGUGUUUUAAAUCCACCCUGUACAAGCAAACUGGGGUUAACCCAGUCUGGGUGAAGACAGCAAAGAAAAAGGCAGAAAAAAGGAUGCUUAGAGAGAAAGAGGUGGAUUCUGAUGGCAACCAGACCGGCAUCUCCAUGGAUUUUGUCUCUGAACCUCUGGGGUUUCACACAAUAGUGAUUGACUGUUGUGCAAUACAGUUUCUGGACACGGCAGGAAUACGCACGCUGAAGGAGGUCUGCAAGGACUACAGGGAGAUAGAUAUCCAGGUGCUACUGGCCCAGUGCAAUCCUUCAGUGAGGAGUUCCCUGAUCCGAGGAGAAUUCUUUAAGGAAGGGGAGGACCACCUUCUCUUCCACAGUGUGCACCAGGCUGUGGACUUCGCAUUGGGUGCGCAGGGGCACAGUGGGACCAGUGAUUCCAAGAGCUAGUUGUGGAAAGGGAGCAAGCUGGAACAAAGCCUGGCAAAAAACAUAUGGCUCUGGAUCUGUAUGUCUAUGCAAUAUAUAUACACUCAGAUAAGAGGCAGAGUUGUUUUUAACACGCUGGUUACUAUGCAGUCUGUUUUGAUGCUUUAAAUUUACCUGCAGGGUAUAGUGAUUCAAUAGGUGGUACUGAAUGAAGGCGAUUCUUAACUUGAUUAUGGCCAAUCUGUGAAUCUUAAGAGUUCUCAUAUGGUUGUUCAUCUCAUUUCUCUUCUCUCUUGAACUUUCUUUGCCUCCCUUGCAAUCCUGUCUUUAUGGAGGGUAUGGGAUUUUAAAGUAGUUCAGGCAUCCUGUCCAACUGAAUAAUGAGAGACAGCUCAUUUCUUGUCCCUCGUUCUGGCAUUGCUUUUCCAUAUUACCACACUGUUGUAUUUUCUAAGGAAUGACUGACAGAGACUCUUCGCUCUGGUCUUUACCAUGAAGUGAUUGGUUGGUGAUUUUAUAACCUCCCUGAAUUUGAGACGGAUAGAUAAAUAAAUUCUAAACAUGCAGGAAAAGGUCUUAUUAUGAAUAGCUUCUAACCACCUGUCACCUCCAGAGGCUUUGUCAUUGUCUCCUGAGAGCCUUCUGCAGCCAUGGGGCUGUGGUUACCUCAUUUCUACACGGGCCUUUACGUGCCAGGAAAGUUUGCCUCUUCAGCUUGAAUUUUUUUGUAAUAGUUUUUAUUCAGAGGUGACUGUUUACAUCUUCAUGGUCAGUUGUUUGUUUUCCUAAUAUUUAGGAGCUCUUUAGAAUUGUGGACAUUAGAUAUGGAAAAUCUCUUAUUCUUGAGUUUCAGCAGAAAACAGUCCAUUAUAGCCAGUUUUAUAUGCCAGGCAGGCAGAAUUAUAGGCAUUAAAAUGAAAAGGGCCAAAUAGAUUAUCCAGCAUCUGUCCAGAUUUGUCCGUGUCAUGCAGACUUCAUGUGUGAAUGCAGCUUUUAUUGACCAUAAACCAUUUAAUUGUUGUGGACUUUAUAUUAUGGGGAUGGACAGGCAAAGAAAUACAGCUAUUGGAAAAGGAGCCAGAGACAAUUCUGCUAAAUGCUAUUUCACCGUACUAGUGUAAAUAAAACUUUGUACUUUGAUUUUAAAUUAUGCAUAAUAAUGAAGAGUGCCUGUUCUUCAUGCUAAAAUACAAGCACCAAGAAGAGGUUCUCUUUUCUUACAGCAAUAGAAUGCAAUUCUGAAGGCAGAAUUGAGUGAUUAACAGUUUUUACUGAGUACCAGCUAUACAUAGCUCACAAUACGUCCUUGGAAGAUGGUGGCUUCUCCCAGGGGAGUUCAUAGUCUGAGUUGUGGGUUCUUCACGGCUUUUAAAAGGGAAAAGACAUUGUAUACAGACAAUAUUCUCAUCCUUCAUCAUUCAAAAAUGAGUCAGGAGUCAAAAAAAGGAAUAAAAUGCAAUGUGAAUCAUGAAGUAUUUUCUACGUAGAAAUAUAUUUUGAGUUUAGGAUUUUUUUUUUUUUUAAUCUGAACUAGGACUUAGUGACUGUCCCCUUCUUUCUAUGAAAAAGGAGCUGGGAUCUCAAGAGAAGGACUAGACAGCAGAAGGAUGAGUCCCAGGACCUGGCAACCUUUAUGUGUUAAGUGAACUUAAUACAUUUUUUUUUUUUUAGGACAUCUUAGCAACGUAUGGAAAUACUGGGGCUGGUGAGGGAUGGCUGUAGCAUAUAUUGAAAAGGAGCACAUAACUGAGAGCUGUGCAUUAUGUGUUCUAGGACUGGCAUGGUUAAGGAAACAGGUCUCCAGGUAUUGUAGAGAAAGUGCUAAAGCUUCUGCAGUAUUCAAAAAACAUGAAUGUUUUUCUUUCUCAGCCUUGAGGCAUGUUUAUACAAGGAGAUGAAUCCCAAAUAGCUGUUGCUGAAUUCUGUCUUUUCUGCAGUAGCCUCCUGGAUGAACUUUUUUAUUCUGUGUGGAGAAUCCCCUAUGCAGUUUGGAUAAUUAUAAUUACUGAAUUGGUAUUACCAGUGUGGAUUAGCCUAAGCUGCACAAGAGCAGUGAGUGGGGUUAACACCUACAUAGGGAGUGAGCGCAGGAUGGAAAUUCUGAUUUAAUUUCUCACUGUACCUGUUUGAGUUCCCACUCAGAGCCCCUGGGUUGGCGUGGGGAGAGAGCUGGCUCCGUCCUGUACUCCUGCCGUGCUGCCCAACUGGAGGAUUUUUGACCUGUGACCGUGCACCGGGUUUUCUAGCCAAAUUCUAACUGAGAAGGGGAAACCAGUAAUUACUUAAUACAAGAUGGGUUUUUCUGAACCCAGUUCUACCUGUGCCAAGAAGGAAGGAAUAGCAAUGUUAUUUCCAAGGAGUAUGUGCUUUCCAUAGCUAACAGGAUGCAUAUUUGUAGCUCCUGGGUAUUUAUUUACAUAAAAGCACAAUAAAACAGUUGUAAAUUGAUUUUUCAAAGAAUUAAUUUAGAAUACAGCUAAAAGACAUUCCAAUUGAUUCAUGUUUAGCUAGGGCACAUCGUAUUUGGCCUCAGUGCUGUUUGUACAGCCACAACUGGCAAUAUAGCCUCCAAAUUCCAUUUCAAGCAAAACACAAGAAACUGUAUUAAAAUCAGAGAAUUGUCUAGGUUGGAAGGAACCUUUCAGAUCAUCAAGUCCAACCAUAUACAACAACAAAAGCAGCCGGCCAACUAAAAGAACAAGUUUUAAUGUUCUUAUUUAUGAUAAAAGUCCAGAGGUCAUAGUAUUAAUAAGUCUGUAUUAAUGCACACAGCUCUGGUUAAAAGGGAACAGAAAUAAAUGCCAUUUUCCAGAGAGUUCAUUAUAAUAAGCAGUUCUUUGGAAUUAGCUGAAGGUUAGAGCUUAUCAUGGUUGGAAUUGUUUUACAACAGUGGGUUUUCAGCCAUUUUCCUUUUAGGCCUAGAGUAAAUUUUUAACAGAGAGAUGAAUCUGAUUUAAGCCUGCGGGUGAGACUUGUGCUUUGCUUGAAUAUGUUUAUGGUCCCUUUAGAGGUAAUCCAGUUUCACCUGAAGGAAUCAGGGUCAACUGUUUCCCUAAAGAAUUUAUUUUAUAAAGAAAUUUCACAGAUAUAUAUAUACACACACACACACGUGUAUAUGUUUAUAUGUGUUUAUAUAUAUAUGUGUGUGUGUGUGUAUGUAUAUAUACCUUGUGCUGCUGUAUGAUGGAUGCAGCAGCUAUAUGUAUCCAGUUACACUUUUGUGAUAUUCCUGUUUCUAUUCUGGAAAGGGCUCUUCUGCCUUCUGCUGUUUUAAAUGAACAUGUACCAGAUUUUGUAAGCGGAAUUCUGCCAUACCUACUGCUUUCUACACCUCCUGCCUGCCUUACAGCUUCCUUUGUGAUCUAUAGGAAGAGGGAAUCUCAGAACGAUUGGUUUUGGGUUUAUGCAUCUGUCUGGAACAGGAAUGUUCAUCCCAGGUGCAACCUUAGAACCCCAGGCUAGACUGGAAGAUGGUAUAAAUCAGUGGAUCUCCAUUCCCAAAUGUACUAAUCGGCAAUUAUCAGUCUAAAUGAAGAAUUAAGAGAUCAUUAGCUCAUUCAUUAAUGACAACAACAUGGCAUUAUGGAAAUGAACACACUCAGUCUCACCCAUACUAAAGACUCCUGGAAAUGUCUUUAGUAAUACCCUGCUAAAUGUCAGGGUCUUUUUUUAUGUUUAUUGCUGCUAUAGAUAGUAGUGUCAGUUCCUCCUAACAUGGCAAUUGCACUAAUAAAUGUUACACUCCUGUGCAUGUUUUGACAAGGAAAUAACUUUCAGUCCACUUCAUUAAACAGGGAAGGGUACUGCAGUGAGGCACACGGUGUUUAUUUUUGGAUUUAUAAUGCCAUUGCCAACCUUAGUCUUGUGUGAUUUAGUGAUCCCCAUUUCCUUGUAAGCCGUGGCAGCUCCAUCUGCUCCUCUCUAACUCACGGCGAGACCCACCUCUCCACCCUCUGACUUCUUUCUGUGUUUUGCUGUAAGACAUUGCAUAGGAUUGACUGUAAAUAGAAGAAUCGCUGCCUUUGUGUAUGUUGCUGUUACAUGUGACCUGCUACUCAAUUUUCACACCGGAUCGUUCGAUAAAGCUAAAGCUUCUGAGCAAGGAGUGUGAGACAAGGCUGGGAGAAAGGGGGCCGUGGGGUGCUGGUGGGGGAGCACCCCUGCACGUGUGCCCCCACGAGCACACCGGAGCCUCAGCCUGGUGUGGGGCUGGGCCAGGGCUUGUGUAGCUGCGGGAGUAACAACAAAUUAACCUGGAGGUGUCUUUAUUAUGGGGCUUCUGCAGCGCUGUGUUACACAGCCACGUGCCUUUCCCUGUAAUGAGGGUAAUAAUAACACGGGACCUAAGUCCUGCUCAGAGCUGCUGCAUGAGUCACUGUCCCAAACUACAGAUAGGAGGGAUUUCUGUUUUCAUGAUUAUUUAUUUUUAUCUAAUUUUAAUGUAAGUCUGCACGUGGCUUUCCCAGCCAGGGCAGCAGAGCUUCCAUGGCUGCCGUGCUCCUUUCCCGUCGGGCUGCGGUGAUGAACAGAAGGGUACUCUUUCUGGGGAAUGAAUCACAGCCAUGCCUUCCUCUCCACUUGCUUCUGCUGGCUUUUGCCAAGAGACAUUAAAACCCACUGCUGAUGGGUCAGAAGUGCAGGGGGGAGGUACCACAGGCAGGAAAGCAUCCUGGCUGCCACACCAGGGUUUUAAGCUGGUCAGUACCCCGCUGCUUCCCACAGCCUUGUGCUGAGGUUGGCUGUCAACUCUGCCUGUGCCAGGUCCUAGAUCUAGGCUUACCUGGUGAAAUCCAGUCUUUUUUUGUGGCCAGUCCUCCCUUGAGAAGACCAGCAAUGCUGCGCAUCUCCCUGGGUCCAGUUCCCUGAAUCUUUCACCCCAGGGCUGCUCUCGCUCCCUGUUCCCCACCACCCUUAGGUACCUGCCGUCAUCUCUGCUGCUGCUGGUACAAAGAGCUUUUAAGCAGGUUGAAGUGACAUCAUUUGUGUGUCUCCAUUCCAGAAACGGUGCAGGAAGGCUGUGCUGGCCCUGCAGCUGGGCACACGGGGCUCACUGGGGCUCAGCACUGACCUGAGCCUCCCUGUGCUCCCACAGUGCAGUGGGGAGCAUGGCUGGGCUGUAGGAAGCUGCUGGUCUAGAAUAUCAUAGAAACUGGAAGAAGAGGAAACCCUUUUGAGUCGAGGGUGGAACUCUUCAGGCAAAGAGGUUUUUUUCAGGGCAUUAUCUUCUGUUGUGAGAGUUUUUUUUCACAUGCUUUGGAAAAGUGAUUAAAUGAUUGAGGCAAUUUACUUUUUUUUGGUUGGUUUUUUUUUACCAAUAUAGGUAAGCUAAUGAAGCUGUGACACAUGUAGCAGUCAUCUGCUGCUAAUGCCAUUUCAAGGUGCUUUGAAUCUGUGUAGCUUAUUUUACUUUGCUGAGUCUCAAUGUAGGGUACCGUUGCGAGACUUCAAUAUCUUUGUAACUGUCCACACUAGAAGGGCUUUGCACUUGUACUAUGCUGGCAUAGAUUAAAGGAGCAACGUCUUUAGUGCAGACUUUGCACUGUGAGUGACCUUGUUAAGUCCCAAGAAUUACUUGCACUUGGUUGUUGUGUUUGUAAGCCUUCGGAAGAUCAGCUGCUUGUGUGAAAACCUGCCUGAUCUUUACUAGUUCAAUCAAAUUGCACCUGAAGUGGAAAUAAUUCUGAGUCUUGCAGUUUCUUUUGAGAUACUUACAGUGCUGAAAGUAAGGCCUCUGGUUAGGUAAAAAGGCAAAUAUUUAAUAUAUAUAUAUUUAAUUCAUAGUGUAAUUAGUACCUUUCUAUUUUAUUUUCUAGAGAUUAUACAAGCUAAGGCAUAUUGCUGUUUCUCUGAUGUGCAAAUACACAAAAUCCUACAGCAUUGGAUGGAGAAUCAAAUCUCCAUUGAGUAAAUUUACUGCCAAAAGUACUUGAAUUCCAGCUCCCUCUAGCUCUGAAAGCACUUAGCUCUCAGUCUGGCUCCUAAAUGAUCUCAAGACUCCAGAGGAAGAUAGGAAAUUAAACAUUUUGCUGGACUUGGGUCCAGGUUUUUUAUGUCUAAUUUUUGACUUAAGUAAGUAAAUUUUAUGUAUAUUUGCGCAGCUGAAACAUCAUUAGAGGUAAAGCCUCACUAUUUCUGGUAAUCACAUGAUGCUUUGAGUUGGUCAGCCUCUUGAGUCUGUGACCAUCAUUUCUGGUACCUUGGUAUGUUCUGGGGUAUGAUUUUUGAAUUACUUUAAAUUCAGAAUAAUCUUAGAUAUUUGUGGCAUAGGGUUUUACAGAAUAAAUAAAAUGGCAAAUAUUGCCUGGAGUAACUUUUUCAGGUUGGAGAAUUGGUUUAACCAAACAGGACCUCAGGACUGGAAUAGAUCACCUUGGUCGGCUGACCUAACCAGUUUACAGAAUGGUUUGUUUGAAUAAGAUGCAGAAAAGUUGUAUGGUAUGUAUAAAAGAUCACCUUACUUUUUACUGUGACCUCCCUGUGCGAUGAAAACAAGAUAUAAUGUUUUCCCCAGUGGGGUGGCAGAAGCUGGGGUGCUGGGGGAGCCGUCUCGCUCUGUGGCAUGAGUCCAUGCCAGGUGGGACGUGGACCUUGCCCUGUGCCCAGCCUGGGGAGAGAGGUGCUGCCGUCAGCUCGUCGCUGAGCGCUGUGCUCACCGACCAGAUGUUUGUGAUAAGAGUUUUAUUUUGUCAGUUGUCGUCUUACAUCCUACCAUCAGCUGUGGGGUGUAGCCUCUGCACCUUGUUGACUCUCCUUUACAAUGUCUCUCUCUCCUUUACAGUGUCUCUCUCUGUUAAAUCUGCAUUGAUUGUAAUUUUUAAAUGCUAAUGUGCCUUAUUGUCAUUGUAGAAGAUUUGUUUUAGCACAAGAAUUUUCUAUCAAAUAUGGUAAAAUCUUCGGGAUUUCUUUAUAACCAUUAAAAGAUGAUAUUUAUGUUU